GGAACCUGACCUUCCUCCUUCCUCACACCAUUCUACCUAAUCAAGUUCUAACCUUUUUUCUUUUCUCUUCCCAUACAUACAUAGCACACUCCCUACCUACGCACCCACAUCCAAUUUUUUUAUUCCUUUUUUUUUUACAUUUUUACAUCUGACAUACAAUCAAAUCUUCGCUUUGACUUGAUAUGUUAGACUAUUUUUAUUCAAGAUGUCACAAAUCCCGCAGUCACCCAGUACAAGGUCAAAACCAAGACCAAGACCCUUAUCGUUUCACUCCCAUAGAGUUGAUCAUAAUUCCUCGAAAUUACCCAGAAUACGUUAUGCGCCCGAUAUAAUUACACAAAUACCAACCACCGGAGAAGAAGAAGCAGCAUAUCAUCCUCACUCAACAUUAUCACAAUCAGCUGACUCAAAUAUGGCGACUGCUAAUACUGCAAAUGCUGCAAACACUUCUCCCAUCGCCGUCAAUUCCAUUGUGAAUGCUGAGGAAAAUAAUCAUAAUAAUAAUAAUCUAAAACUUAAAUCUUCCAGUUUUGAUUUGAAAUUCACCGGGAAUCAUUCUACCGUUGCGACCCCUUUUAAUCCGACAAAUCCAAAUAAGAAGGAGCCAUUUCGUACGAGGAUAUUAAAUUCAUUCACUGGGGGUCCGGCUAGAUCAGGGUCACCUAAAUCAGCAUCGUCGCGUCGAACAUUAUCUUAUCCCACGCCUACACCCAACAGAGCUUCAGUCACGACCAAUACUUCUACGAAACUUCAACACGAAACAGUAUCACGGAUUCUCGCACCGGAAAAAAAUGCAAGGAAAGUGCCUGCUCACCUCAAUGGCCAGAAUGGAAUGAAGCCCGAAGUCACAAAAGAAUCAACCUCGACCAUGUUAUCUCCAGGAGCAUCAUACGUCUCGCAAACAACGAAUUGGAUUGCGGACCAAUCUCACUUGGAUCAAACUUCUCCUCCCUCGACAUCAUAUGCACCACAAUCAUCUUUGGAGAAUACACCAUCGCGACAGGUCCUUUUACCGGCGAGGGGCUUCAACAACAAUAAUAGAAUGGAACCCGACCUGUCAGAGAGGGAAUCUGCAUUGAGGAGUCUAGAGGGACGGAAUCCUCGGAGAGAAUUCCAGGAUGAACGAAAUUCUGAUGAAGCGGACUUGUUCUUGCAGGUUGCGCAAGAGGAAGAUGAUAUGAAUAGGCAGAAGAAUUCAGCCUUCAAUAGAUUAGAUUCUAGAAAGGUAAUACAUUUUUGUCUUCCUUCCCCAUGUUUGCAGUUGUACCUUGCAUCGGGAUAUUUUCCAAAAGUGGCUUAAAUAUCUAACUCGUCUCGAUAGUCCCGCAUCGCUAUGCGCCAAUCUCUCCCUGCUCCUAACUUCCGAUCUGCGUAUUUUCGUCGUGAAGCCGAUCAAGAAACAAAGCCAACAGCUCGUUACGCGGAAGAAGCAGAAGGUCUACCACAAGUAUUGGGGGAUAACUCACCUGCAAGGACAGGACAUGCGAGUUCAACAACCUCUGUUCUGAGCGAGCAAAGGAAGCGAUCGUAUGCAACCGCGGCUCUGUCGAACCCUACAACUCCACGAACGAAUAACCGGGAAGGCGACUACGAAUCACAGUCAUACCUGGGGCGACGACCAUCUAUACAGGAUCGAACAAUUACUGCCUACCGACAAUCCAAUUUGUCCACUUCGUACUCCGUUCCCCGACCUACUACUUAUCAUUCUUCUCCACUUGUGGCGCAACCAAUGGAGAUCGGCGAACAACAUGAAACACAGCGUGCAACAGAAGGCACUGCGUCGACCGUGUCCACCACUGCACCUUCAACUGUUUGGGACGAGCUAGAUGAUCUGAAAUCGCGUAUACAUAGAUUGGAGUUGACGGGCAAAUUGCCGACAACAUCUGGUGCAGCAGUCUCCCGAGCCACCCACGAGCGACCUCCCACCGCUGCUACAACCGAAACUACCAUGUCAACAUCACCAAAACGUGGACGUGGUAAUAGCAUAUCGCCAACUGAAGCUCCUUCCGUAGAUGUGUCUAAAGCGGAGAACCAUCCUCUCUUGCGAUCCGCAUUAUUAAAUUCGAAGCCUUUAUUGGACCCCGAAAUAUACAAGUCUUUGGAGGCUACAGCAAAUGACGCUUUAGCAAUCUCUGCAAUGAUGGGAACGUCCGGUCAACCCGGGCCAAUAUCAAGUUCCCAGUCAUCCAUUGGCGGAGCACAUUCCAAUUUCUCCGAUCGACAAGUCCGUCGAAAGGCAGACAGUUUAUGUCGCAGUUUAACGGAACUUUGUCUUUCAUUGUCGGAACGAAGACCAAACGAUCACGAUGCUACUCUGACACAGCUUCGACAGAAUGUUCGUGGUCAGGAUGUCGAAAUUCGACAAACUGUAGAGCCUGUUAGCCCAAGGCAGCCGCCUUCAAGUGAUAUAUCAAAGUUAAAGGCGAGCCCAAGAUCAUACAGCCGUCUCGAGGCUCGAAGAAGCACCCUUCUGGGAACAAAUGCAUUGCCGACUUUGAGAUAUCCACCACCUGAGAACACGACACCAGCGCAAAGCUUAGCGGCAGGACGUCGUACAUCUCUGUUACUUCGCAGUCGGCGCGCUGAGACAGAAGAUCCCCAAGAAUCAGUGGAGGCUCGAUUUCGAGCACCCUCAAGAGCUAAAACAGAGGUCGGACGCAGGGGAGAAAUUCCGCGGGAGGAAAUGCCACGUCCUCACUUCCCCGAAGACGAUAUGAGAUCCAGCACAGCCACAUCAUCACUAGCACUCAGAAGGUCAUAUACGACAGCCCUCAGUCCUAACAGGGCGCCACAGCCCUCUCCGCUCACACAAAUCAACACCGGCAGAAGAUAUUAUGAACGAACACCGGAGAGAGAGAUUCUCGUAAACUCAAGUCUGAGCGGCAGUGGUGGUAGUCGUAGAUAUCUGGAGCGAACUCCCGAGAGGGAUACUACAAGCCUUUCAGGAAGAUUGGCCGAGGAGCGCGGGCAGAGAAAAGUAUCUGCCCCUUUAGGAUUGGGCGGCAGGAGUAGAGCCGGCAGUCUUAUGAGAAGUAAGGAUCCAUUAGGCCCUUCGCAAUCUGGUUCUUACCAGUAAAUUUCAUUUAUGAUUCCAUUUGUACAAAAAGAAAUUUGGAGUUCGGCACAGGUUCCUUUCAGUGCUUUUGCGCACGGGUUUAUCGGGAGGGUAUUUCUUUAUAUUAUUUCUGAUUUUAUAACCAUAGGGAGAGAGAAACAUUUUCAAGAUACCCCGGGUACAUACGAUGGCACGAUUAGAGGGGUUUGUGGAUUACAUAUCAGCGAGGUUACAUAUUAGUGAAAGGGAUUAGGGCAUGCUCUUUAGGUACAUAUUACUGCUUAGCUUCGACUUGCGGUUUAGCCUAGGCGGGGGUUUUGGGUUGCUUGCUCUUGUGGUUGUAAAUCACCUAAAUCGUUGCUGGAUAUGGCUAUUCAAUUGGGAUUCCGCUUUGGCAUAUAAGGAGAUAGACCCAAGGUGGGAGGAGUCUGGAUUGAGCAUAACAAUUUUGGAGAGGUGACAGACUUUCUACUUAUGAAUGUAUUAUAUUAUUAUUUACCAGCAAUAAAUAUUUGUAAAAAAGAAUAUUUCCAAGGC